UCUUCUUUUCCACGAUUUCUUCUUCUUCUUCUUCACGAUUUCUAAUUCUAAACCAGUGCUAGCCGUUUCACUCAAAUCCGCGUAUCUUAAACCCUACCCCUCUCUCUCUCAAUGGCAAAAUCUCAGGGAAGAAGCGUCUCCCUCAACACUGAAAUCGUGCUACCAGACGACGUUAUCAUCGAGAUUCUCACCUGGCUCCCAGUGAAAUCCCUCUUGAAAUUCAAAUGCGUCUGCAGAUCAUGGCGAGCCCUAAUUUCCAGCCGGCGCUUCAUCAAAGCCCAACUCGAAAACUCAAAAUCAGCCCCAAAUUUAGCCCGCGAAAUGCUCGCUAUUGAUUCAGGUAUAAGAUCAGAUAAACUUAAGGUGUGUUCGGUCAAUUCCAUGCUGUAUGAAUCUGCUCCUCAAGUAUUCGAUGUGAGUUAUCCAUUGGAUUUGGGAUCAUGUUGUAUGAUGGUAGCUUGUUGUGAUGGUUUACUACUACUGCGGUCAAAGAAACGAGAAAUGAUUCUGUGGAACCCAUCUACGAGAACUUGGAAAACUCUGCCUCAUUUCGACCUGAAAUUCAAUAUUCCUGAGUUUGAUUUAGGUUAUGAUAAAUCGAGUGAUGACUAUAAAGUGGUGGGGUUUCCCGAUGACCCUGAAACGAUAGUAAUAGUUUAUAGUUUGAGGAAUGAUGAGUGGAAAAGGAUCAAGGAUAUAAAUGGUCAGGCGAUCCCGUACGGUGCAUUAGCAAAUGGGAAGCUGUAUUGUUUUAUUGAGCCGUUGUUUAUAGACGAUUGGGAAAAUUUUGAGCCGGAGGCGGAGCUUAUAUACGAUUGGGAAAUUCUCUCCCUUGAUUUGGAGAAGGAGGAAAUUGAGAUACUGCAAAUGCCAAGCUUUGUGAAGGUUACUGAUCGUUCAUCUUUGGCAGUGUCUGAGGGGUCUCUGUUCUUGCUCUGCCCUCAUCUGAGUAAGACUCAUGCAGAUGUGUGGAUCUUGGAUGGUUGUAGUGUGGGAAACGGGAAUUGGACUAAGGUCGUUACUAUGCCGUGUUGCCCUGAUGGUGGUUGGACGUAUGGUUUUCGUUUUCAUUCAAAUUUAUUGUAUGUGCAGAAGAAUAAUGGUCUGGUCAUAUUCUCUGGUCAAGGUGUGGAUUUUGUGGUGUACGAUGCAAAGGAUGGCUCGUUUAGGUAUCAUCAUAUUAGAGACAUUGGUCAAUAUGGCAGGGGUACUUCACAUACUUAUUUUGAAAGUUUAGUUUCACCGUUGGGAUGAUGUUGUGAUACUGAAUGAAGAAGGGUGCAUCUCUGUUUGUGAUUGCUAGUUUUCAAUGGUGGAACUAUGUCGUUUGUAUUGGCGUGGUGACGAAGAAAAUCGUUUGGGAUUUGGUAGCUGUAGCGGAUGGCCUCCCCUCUCAGAGCAAUCAUCAGUCUUGGUAUGAAGCUGUUUAGUUUCUGUUUCUUUUGGCUUUCCUUUGUCUGAAUCUUGUUAUUAAGUUGUGGGAUAGUGCAAUCAUGAUGGAGAUAUGCUGUACGUAUUUGGUGCUUAAAUGAAAGAUG